AUUUUGAGCGAAAAAGUAUCGAUAUUGACCAGCCCUUGAAGAUGUGAUUUUCCACUAAUAAAUAUAUCUUCAAUCUACCGAGAUCCUCCCGGGUCUAGAAGAAGAAGAAGAAGCUGGGAUGGAUCAGUGAGCUCAAAAAGUUCUCGCACGGUCCGUGGUAGUGUAGGCCUGAGCAUCUGACCCAGCAGGACCAGCCAGCUUCGGCUGCUUCUCCGGAGCCGUUUCCCCCUCCCAGUCCCAGUCCCGGUCCCAGACUACGCCAGUCGUCCCCAGUGGAUCCUCCUCGUUCCCCUGCAGAUUUUGCUUCCUUCAGCACCGGGUGCGUCUUCGUUUCCUCUGCCAAUCUAUCCAUCCCUCGGUGACGAAUUUGUGAGAGGGCAUGAGGAUGUGCAGUCCGUUGGUCUGCUUUUGAGAGGAGAAUUGGGGGAGAAAGCUCAAUGCCAAACAUGUUUGGUUUCUCACGACGCCGGAUCAAGCUUGGAAGGUCAAAGGGCCACCAGAGUGAUCCUUUGCACGGUUCUAGGACCCCUGGCCGGCAUCUCAGCCUGACCAAUGGGGGUGACCCAAUUACAACAUCGGUGAGCGGCCGUGCAGAUGACCUUGCUUACCUCUGCUCGUCUGAUUCAUUUGAUCUUGAUGCCCGUGCAUUGGAUAGCUCGGAGAAUUGGGCAGUGUUGUCCACAGAGGGAGAUAAACCCAAUCCUCGUUUCGCUCAUGCAGCAGCCAUCGUGGGUAGCAAGAUGGUAGUGUUUGGUGGCGAUUCUGGUCAUGGCUUUUUGGAUGAUACAAAGAUACUGAAUUUAGAGAAGCUUCAAUGGGAUUCUGCAGCUCCUAAAGUCCGUCCAUCGCCAAGUGGACGUUCUUUGAAGUUGCCAGCCUGCAAAGGUCAUUGUCUGGUUCCAUGGAGGAAUAGCGUUAUUCUUGUGGGAGGUAAAACCGAGCCUGCUUCUGAUCGUUUAUCAGUGUGGACUUUCAAUAUGGAAACGGAGAUUUGGUCACUUAUGGAAGCUAAGGGAGAUAUUCCUGUGGCUCGAAGUGGCCACACAGUGAUCAGAGCAGGUGGUGCGCUGAUACUUUUUGGUGGUGAGGACACAAAAGGAAAGAAACGACAUGAUCUACACAUGUUCGAUCUGAAGUCAUUGACAUGGCUUCCUUUGAACUAUAAAGGUUCCGGACCUUCUCCAAGAUCCAAUCACAUCGCUGCAUUAUAUGAUGAUAGGAUCCUUUUAAUAUUUGGAGGCCACUCAAAAUCCAAGACCUUAAAUGAUCUAUUUUCUUUAGAUUUUGAGACAAUGGUAUGGUCAAGAGUAAAGACACAUGGUUCUCACCCAUCGCCUCGAGCAGGUUGUAGUGGAGCUCUAUGUGGAACUAAGUGGUACAUUGCUGGUGGUGGAAGCAAGAAAAAGUGGCAUGCGGAAACCUGGGUUUUUGAUGUUCUAGAAUCGAAGUGGUCUGUCCAUGCAGUACCUCCCAGUUCCUCGAUUACUACAAAGAAAGGCUUCAGCAUGGUUCCUUUGUACCACAGGGACAAGCUUGUUCUUGUUGCUUUUGGAGGAAACAAACAAGAUCCAUCCGACAAGGUUGAAGUAUUGGUGGUGCUGCAAAACGAGCAUUCUUUUAGCUGGCGAUCUGCCCCAGAUGCAGACCCUUUGAUGUAUGAAUAUUCUCCAAGCACCAAAGAGCUUGCCGGUCAUCUCAACAAAUGUGCUCCUUUGUAUUCUAAUAGUUCUGUUGCAAGGCAUAGUCUAACUUCGACAAUAGAGCGCCCACCUAGAGGAGACUCCUUGUCGCAGCAUGCAGCUUUGGGCACUUCACUCCACAGGCAGUACCGUCAAGUAGAGGAGUGCAGCUUAGCUCAAAAGCUUCAGAAAUCAAUCGAUGAUGACAAAUACGAUGAUGUCGAUGAUUGGGCUUCAUGUCAAACGAGCACCCCCAAAGAGCAUCAGAACAAGAGGACAGGAGCUGAUUUUCUGAUUGACAAGGCCAGUAUUGUAGCCCUAAAGGAAGAAAAUUCGGAGACUGAAGGACCAACUGGGAGAAGGGUAGCCAGAAGCUCUUCAGACAUCAGCCAUCUGUACAACUCAAAAAUAACUGAUUUGAUCAGAAGAAACGCCGCGCUCGAAGACCAGCUUGCAGCUGCUCUGGCAAGCAAAGACCAGGCAGAGAAGAACUUGUCUUUGGUCAUCAACAGUAGGGAACAAUUGGAGAAGAGACUUGCCAACAAGGGAAAGGAAGCUGAGUUGCUAAAGGAGAAGAUAUCAGGCUUAGAGUUGGCACAAGAGGAGUCCAACAACAUCUCUAACACCGUUCACGCUGACAAUGUGCGCCUCGAGCGGGAAGUAGCGUUCCUGAAGGCCAUCACGGAUGAGACCCAAAAGGAGUUGCAUUCUACUCGCAGAGUUUUAGCAGGAGAGCAGUCACGGGCAUUCCAGCUCCAGGUUGAGGUGUUCCAUCUGAAGCAACGGCUGCAGCUAGUGGAAGGAAGAGCGGGGACACCAAGGAAACCUCAUCCUUCGUAGGAAAAGGAAAAACUGUGGCUAGUUCAUCAUUGUAUACUUGCACCUAUGAACUAGAGUGUUUGUGGGUUUUGUAACAUUGGCUUGUAUAUCAAUUUUAUAGCGAGUGCAUACCAGUAUAUGUGAACAUAGGUUCUCUUUUCUGAACCAUGGGUUGCAUGAAUUGGUACCAAAUUGUAGUUUGCAGAGAUUUUGUAGACAAUUGGUGGUUUGAGACCAACUGUCUAUAUUCUGGAGUGAUUUGCUAUAGCAACUGCCA